AUGAAGCCAGUAAAGAAAAAGCGAACAAAGUUUGCUUUAGAGCGGAAUAUGGCCAGAGCCGAGGAGGUAGAGAAGCUACUCAAAGCUUGGUUUGUAGAAGAAGUAUAUUAUCCCAACUGGUUAGCCAAGGUCGUGCUGGUCAAAAAAUCCAACGGGAAGUGGAGAAUGUGCGUGGACUUCACAGACCUCAAUAAAGCGUGUCCAAAAGAUAGCUUUUUUCUACCAUGCAUCUAUGUGUUGGUAGACUCGAUGGCUGGAUACGGCCUGUUGAGCUUUAUGGAUGUUUUCUCUGGUUACAACCAAAUCUACAUGCAUCCAGAAGAUCAUGAGAAGACUGCAUUUAUAACUGACCGAGCCUGUACUGCUACAAAAUCAUGCCCUUUGAAAGCUCCGCCCAUAUUUCCAAGCUCACACUAUAAAAGUCUUGACCGAACCAAGGCGGUCUCGGUCUCAAUUACCGAAACUAUACCCGAAUGGCAGAGGAGCAUAGUGGAGUAUUUGGAGAAGGGGAUUCUCUCGUUAAACAAGAAGUUAGCAACUCAGAUGAGGAUUAGAGCUGUGAGGUUUACCAUUGUUAAUGGGACCCUGUACAAGCGGGGCUUCAUGAUGUCACUCCUUAAGUGUAUCUCCAAGGAAGAAGGUGACUACGUCCUUCGCGAGAUCCAUGAACGCAUCUGCGACAGUUAUUCAGGAGCAAGAGUUCUAACGCACAAAGUAGUCAGAGUCGGUUUCUACUGGCCAAACAUGAGUCGAGACUCGAUAAUGGGAGGCAGUUUGACUAUGAAUCAUUCCAAGAAUGGUGUGCCAAGCACAAACUACUACUCUUUUCCAGGUCAUCCCCAGGUGAACGGACAAGUAGAAGCCACCAACAAGACAAUCUUCAAAAUUUUGAAGAAGAAACUUGGAGAUCAGAAGGGAGAUUGGGCAGAUGAUCUUCUAGAAGUCUUAUGGGCAUACCGGACAAUGAAAAGAACUCCAACCGAUGAGACCCCAUACGCCUUAGCUUUCGAUACCGAGGCGGUCAUCCCAGCCGAGAUCACCAUCGCCACCAAAGACCCAGCUGAAGGAAAGUUAGCUCCAAACUGGGAAGGACCUUACAGAGUGAUCGAGUACAGAAGAGCAGGAGCUUACUACCUUGAAAAUCUGGAAAGAAAAGCACUCCCCAGACCAUGGAAUGCCGAGUAUCUCAAAAAGUACUUUGUCUAA